AUGUCCCCCUCAGUUGCUCUCGCCUCCCCCAUAGUUCAUGGCGUCGCUGCCAUCCUCAAUCCACAGCCAGCCGCUGCUCCUCAACGCGCCAUCUUUUCCGAUUUCGCCAUUGCUAACCGCGUCGCCGUCAUCACAGGGGGACACCGCGGCCUUGGUCUUGAGAUGGCUCUCGCUCUGGCCGAGGCAGGAGCCGUAGUGUACUGCUUAGACUUGCCUUCAGCUCCUGAUAGUGAAUGGCUGGCUGUUAAAAAGCACAUCGAUAGCCUGCCUCCCCUUGAGACGCCUCAGACACAAGAGGAACCAGCAAAGUCGAGACUGGAAUAUUUGAGUGCAGACGUGACAGACCAAACGGGGACGUGGGAUAUCGUACAACAGAUCGUGGACAAGGAAGGGAGAGUAGACAUAUGUGUCGCGGCUGCUGGUAUUGUCAUCGAUGGUGACUGCUUGGAAUACCCAGCAGACAACUUCCAAAAGGUUAUGAACGUGAACGUGAACGGCGUUCUCUUUGCAGCCCAAGCUGUGGGGCGACAAAUGGCCCGUCUUGGCAUUGCGGGUAGUAUCAUUCUCAUUGCAUCUAUGAGCGGAAGCGUUACUAAUAAGGGCCACCGCUAUGUCUCUUACGGUGCAAGCAAAUCUGCCGUCCUUCAGAUGGGUCGUAGCAUGGCAUGCGAGCUUGGACCGAUGAAGAUCAGGGUCAAUACCAUAUCGCCUGGAUACAUGGUUACUAAAAUGAGCGGAGCAUAUCUAGACAAAUUCCCUCAUCUUGCUCAGUCAUGGUCUGACCAGAACCCACUAGGAAGGCUUGGAAGACCGGACGAGCUGCGUGGGGUCGUGACUUGGCUUGCCUCCGAUGCGUCCAGUUUCUGUACUGGUAGCGACAUCAUCGUUGACGGAGGACAUACGGCGUGGUAA